ACCUCAAUUUAUACAAACUGGUGCAGGGAGCCACACCUUCCCACCAAGCCCCUCCUACGACUCACUUUAACGCCCACUCGUUUCAAAAUGGCGUCCUCCUCAGAGCUGCAUAAAGGACUCUUUAGGAAAAGUCUCCCACCAUUACCACCCCCUGAACUAGGAGUUAAAAGGAAGAAAGGUGGCAAGAAGGACUACUCUCCUGUCUCGUGGAGCCAAUAUUUCGAUAGUCAACAGUCAAUAGCCAUCAACAGUAGCGAUAGGUUUAAUGUGUAUGUUAAAGGUAGUGAUGGUCCUCUGGUCUUACUAAUACAUGGAGGGGGUUAUUCUGGAUUAUCUUGGGCAGUUUUCACCGAGUCACUGAUGAGCAUGAUAAGCUGUACAGUGAUAGCUCUUGAUAUGAGAGGACAUGGUUCUACUGUUACUGGUGAUGAUUAUAACUUAUCACAAGAUAUCUUAGUAAAUGAUGUAGCAUCUGUUUUUAAUGAAAUAUAUAAAGAAAAGGAAGCUCCCCCCACUUUAAUAAUGGGCCACAGUAUGGGCGGAGCAAUUGCAGUUAGAGUUGCAGCAGUACCUGGUCUGAUUAAAUCAUUAGUUGGUGUGGCUCUUAUUGAUAUAGUUGAAGGUACAGCUUUGGAGUCUUUGAGUGGCAUGCAAAGUUUUUUAAGAAGUCGUCCUAAAAGAUUUCCAUCACUAGAGAAUGCAGUAGAGUGGAGUAUUCGAAGUGGACAAUUAAGAAACAUUGAAUCGGCUAGAGUUUCGAUGCCUGGACAAUUAAAAGAAAUUGAGAACGAGGGUUUGUCUGUUCCAGCGACUUUGAUACCGGAAGAGGAUUCUAAAGAGGCGGAGUCAAGUCACCAAACCACAUCCACUAGUGAAUAUACGUGGCGCGUUGAUCUAACGAAAACCGAGACAUAUUGGAGAGGGUGGUUUGAGGGACUAUCAGGAACACUACUCUCUAUUAGUGGGAACGUAUCAAAAAUAAUAAUAUUAGCAGGUGUAGAUCGACUUGAUAAGCAACUCACCAUAGCUCACAUGCAAGGCAAAAUACAAUUACAAGUACUGAGUGGGUGUGGUCACACUGUACAUGAAGACGCUCCAGAUAAAGUUGCACACAUAUUGGCGAAUCAUUUAAUAAGAUACAAGUUAGCCACACCGAAAGAAGGUUUUGAAAAUUUUAGUUCAGCACCGGUCCCUAUGUGCUAAUAAUGUUCUUGGACCCCCUCCUCUAUUUUUAUUUAUUCUUUUUACUAGUUCCUGUCGCUCUC